GUCAGAGGCUUAUAGAAGCCAUUACCUAAGCAAAGCCAAGGCUUGGGUAUCAAUACACAUGGUCAGGUAUCUAUAGUAAACUGUAAAUAUUUUAUGGGUCCGUCGGCAGAUUAUCAUGCAAUCAGUACAAAGUACGAGUACACGUGCAAGUGCACGUUGUAAAGGUCAGCGUGUCAGAAACUUAACACGGCUUCUCUACCGCCACUCCAAAAUGGUCGACUUUGACGGCGCUCUUGUGUAUCUGGGGGCUUUUGGAAAGUACCAAAAACUCAUCUACUGCCUAACAUGCGUUCUGACGUUGCCGGUAUCUAUGCACAUGCUUGCGAUGGCGUUUUUGGACGCCAGGGUGGCGUUCCAUUGUAACGUCCCUGAGAUACGUCACGCCGAGCCUGGGACAGAGAACUACAGCUGUGCGCUGAACUAUUCCAUACCAUGGGAACAGGACAAAGAAACCAGAGAAUGGCAAGUUUCCGGCUGUCAGAGGUAUAUCGUUGGAAAUUCAAGCCUGGUGACAGUGGAAUGCCCCUUUGAUGCCAUCAACGAAACGGCUCUCGGCUACUUCGAUAGCGUGAACACGUCAUCAUGUAACCAUGGUUACUGGUACGACACGAGCCAGUAUCACAGCAGCAUUUUCACUGAGUUUGACCUGGUUUGUGACAGCAGUGAGUUGAACCAGUUCGCCCAGUCCAUGUUUAUGGUAGGGGUGCUGAUCGGAGCUGUUGGCUCAGGACAACUCUCAGAUAUGAUAGGAAGGAAGAAAACCGUAUUCCUGGGCAUCUUGAUCCAGCUCGUUUUCGGAGUAGCUGUUGCGUUCUCUCCCAACUAUACGCUGUUCGUCGUCUUCCGAGCAAUCGUCGGCGCCUCCACUUCUGCUGUGCUCCUGUCGUCUUUUGUGAUAGGAACAGAACUGGUGGCUCCCAGCAUGAGAACAUGGACAGGAACUCUCAUUGAGAUCUUUUUUGCCAUUGGGUUUAUGCUGCUGGCACUCAUAGCGUACUUCAUCAGGGACUGGAGGACUUUACAACUUGUCAUCAGUGUACCAAACGCAGUCUUCCUCUUCGCCUAUCCAUUGAUCAUUGAGUCUCCAAGAUGGCUGCUGUCCAAAGGUCGUGACGAGGAAGUGGCCGCCAUUAUACAAAAGGCAGCCAAGGUCAAUGGGGUCACACUGCCUGAUGAGGUUUUCACAACCAAGGACACCGAUAUUCAGAAGCCGAAGGGUGACAGAACAUAUACCGUGAUCGACCUUGUGCGUACACCCAACAUGGCGAAAAAGUCUCUGCUAAUUUCUUUUAAUUGGUUGGUGAUUUCAUUAGUGUACUACGGCCUGUCCCUCAACACCUCCAACCUUGGAGGAGACGACUACCUCAACUUCUUCAUCAGCGGUGCGGUGGAAAUACCAGCGUACAUCUCGUCUGUCUAUAUAGUAGAUACGUUUGGAAGACCAAAGACACAUGCCAGUUACAUGAUCAUUGGAGCUGUGGGCUGUAUAAUAUGUCCAUUCCUCACGGUGCCCUACCUACCGGAACAUCUGAACCCACUGUCCAUCACCCUGGCCAUGAUUGGUAAGUUCGGCGUCACUGCUUGCUUCAACACCAUCUACAUAUGGACGGCGGAGCUGUACCCAACUACGGUCAGGAAUUUGGGUGUAGGAGUCGCGGCCAUGUUUUCUCGUAUAGGUGGCAUCAUCUCACCGUACAUGGAAUUGUCCAAGAGGGUGUGGGGUCCUCUACCCUAUAUCAUCUUCGGAGCGCUGUCCUUUCUGGCCGCCCUGGCAGCGCUGCUUCUACCAGAGACCCUCGGAGCAGAGCUUCCGGUCACCCUGGAGGAUGGGGAAAACUUCGGAAAGAAAAAGCAAACACGUUCUAUGAGCUUCAAAGCAAACGGCAGCGAUGUAAAUCAACCAUACUCCUAUGGUACACUUGAAAGUCCAGAACCAUGUUCUGUUUCAAACCACGAGUCAUCAGAGACCAUGGAGACUUCACUGUAAACAGGAGUUCGUCGUUCAGAGACAACAUUAUUCAUUAACCUUUUUCUCUAUAAACUGGCCUUUAAAAGUCCAGGGAACAUUAUUCUCGGUUAAGAAAGACUUGCGUUUAGACCUGUAAACCUUUAUAAAUGAAAUGAAGUAUCAUUAUCAUUAUUAGCUAUUUCAUCAUGGUUACUUAUAGAAGGAUUUUAUUGUUUCUUUUUGCGGUGGUCCGUUUCUCGUUUGCUUUGAUGUCAAUUUGCAAAUGUUUCAUGUUGCUUUGGUUACUUCAAUGUUAAAGUUCCUCAUCGCAAAGGCUACUCGAAUUUCAAAACAUAAUCAUCAAAAGCCUGCAGUAAACUUUAAAAACGGAUGGUUAUAAAGCAUCCAUAUUGCAUAAAGGAUCGCCCUAAUGAUGAAAAAAGGAUAUCAAUCAUGUUAAAUGGCAGCAUUAAUUAAUUCCAUGUAGUUUCACUGAGUCACAUGUCUGAAGCAUUGAUCGCUAAACCUCUCAUUUACAUGAACGGCAAGUAACAACACUUCCCAAUACAAUAGGGCUUUUACA